CCUACGACUCCAGUCCCCAAAGCCUUUUAGGACCUUUAUUCUUUCGUCGGCUAAUUCUGUGCCUGAGUGAAAACGCCUAAUCAGCGUGUGCAAUCGUUCCUGGUAACUUGGUACCUGUCGAACAUUUAAAUCCUAGGAUAUAGAAAAGCAAAGCCUGCGAGUUGGAAAUGGAUCCUCAGAAAAUAUCAGAGUUGAAGGCAUUUGUGCAGUUAUGCACCAGCACCCCCUCUAUUCUGCAUCUACCCGAGCUUGGUUUUUUCCGGUCCUGGCUGGAAAGCCUGGGAGCCACGAUUCCAUCAGCAUCAGAGAACGAGGCUCCCCCAACCACCUCUAAAAAGGAGGAAACGUCUUCAGCUCCCCCUCCUUGUUCAGCGGCCCCAGAGCCAACGCUGUCUGAGAGUGAGGAGAGCGAGCUGGAGAUUGAAAAGGAUGGUGUGAUCGAGCCAGACACCGACGAGCCCCAGGAGAUGGUGGACCUCGACAGUGUGGAGGUAACUGAGGAAAUGAUGGACCAAGCUAAUGAAAAGAAAAUGGAGGCCAUCACUGCCCUUGGGGAAGGUGAGCUGGACAAAGCCUUGGGCCUCUUCACAGAAGCCAUCAAGCUCAACCCCCGACUGGCCAUUUUAUACGCCAAGAGGGCCAGCGUGUACAUCCAGAUGCAGAAGCCGAACGCGGCGGUGAGGGACUGCGACAGGGCCAUCGCCAUCAACCCCGACUCUGCUCAGCCUUACAAGUGGAGAGGGAAGGCGCACAGGUUGCUUGGUCAUUGGGAAGAGGCUGCAAAGGACCUUGCAAUGGCCUGCAAGUUGGACUAUGAUGAAGAAGCCAGCGCUUUGCUGAAGGAGGUCCAACCAAAGGCCAACAAAAUCGUGGAGCACCGCCGCAAGUACGAGCGGAAGAGGGAGGAGCGGGAAAUCCAACAGCGGAAGGAGAAGGUGAAGAAGGCCAGGGAGGAGCAUGAGAGAGCCCAAAGGGAGGAAGAGGCCAGGCAGCAGUCGAGCGGAGCCGAUGGAGGUUUCCCGGGUGGUGCUGGCGGUUUCCCUGGCAUGGCUGGUAUGGGAGACCUCUUCAGCGACCCUGAGGUUCUCACCGCCAUGAAGGACCCAGAAGUGAUGGCAGCCUUCCAGGAUGUAGCCCAGAAUCCUGCCAACAUGGCUAAGUACCAGAACAACCCCAAGGUCAUGGCCCUGAUCACCAAACUCAGUGCCAAAUUCGGGGGCCCUGAGGCCUAGACAGGCACGGACUUUCACCCUGUUGGUUGAAGCUAGGUGAGGACCAACGUUUGUGUUGGGGGGUGGCAUUAUGGACGGAGAUGUCUGUGCCUUGGGCGACGUUUAACGGUCAGGAGAUGCUGAAGUUUGGUAUCAGAAUAUAUUCUUAAACCUAUUAGUAGCCUUCCUUGAGAAAUCCAAUCAUCUGUCACCAAGCUUUUCUCAUGGAUGCAAAACGACAGACUGUGUAUGAUACAAGAAAAUCAAAGGUCUUACUGGGUGUGCUUCGGUUUGCAGUGGAGAAAUGAUAAUAAAAUCAUUUUUGUUGUA